GUCUUUGCAGCAUAGCUUGCGUUCCACAAUUUCAAUUUCUUGGACUUUUACCAAAAAUGGUUUCUGGGAAUCGACUGAGAAAUGUUGCCAUCGUUGGCGCUGGAGGUAAUAGCGGCCGAGGCAUCACGGAAUAUCUGCUCCAAACUGGCAAGCAUAUUAUCACCGCUAUAACCAGACUGGACAGCACCACCCCGCUUCCAGAAGGCGUGAACGUCACAAAGGUUGACUAUAACAAUCAUCAAUCCCUCGUCGACGGUUUUCAGGGCCAAGAUGUCCUAGUUAUCACCCUACCUCAACUUGUGACGCCAGAUACUCAGUCCAAACUCAUCAAGGCCGCGGGGGAUGCCAGGGUACCAUGGAUUCUGCCAAACGAAUGGAGCCCAGACACUGCCAACGAAGACCUAAACAGGGACGUCGCAGUAUUCCGCUCCAAGCGAGAGAUUGUUGAGGAAAUUGCCAAAUUGGGCAAAAGCUCUUACAUUGCUGUUAACACUGGCUUCUGGUACGAAAUGUGCCUUGCUAACCCUCUUGCCUUUGGCUUCGACUUCGAGAAACAGUCUGUGUCUUUCUUUGAUGAUGGCGAAACUUUAGUCAGCAUGAGCACCUUCGCUCAGGUUGGCCGUGCUGUCGCUGCUCUGUUGAGCCUUCCAGUCCAGCCAGAAGGAGAUGGGACGCACUGCUUAGAGCACUUCAGGAACCGGAACGUCUACGUUUCGUCUUUCACGAUCAGCCAGGAGGAUAUACUUGGGUCUGUCCUGCGUGUCACUGGAACAAAUGCACCGGACUGGACAAUCACCAAAGUGCCUUCCGGAGAGCGUUAUCAAACAGGUCUCAACGAAAUGCAAGGGGGAAAUAUGGCUGGAUUUCCGAAAAUGAUGUUCUCCAGAGUGUUCUAUCCUGACGACUCUGGGAACUAUGAGAAGAUCAGAGGCACGAGCAAUCAGUUUCUUGGAUUGCCGAAGGAGAGCCUGGAUGAGGCUACGGAAACUGUUAUCAAAUUGGCAAAGGCAGUGAAAUAGGGCCUGGAGGGCUAUAUGGUUGGCAGUGGCUCCAGGAGGUUACAUAAGGGCCUAUCAAAUAUACUAGGAUGUAGUUGACUCUUCCAGCUUAAAGAUGUUUGCUAGCAUCCAAAAACUUUACCCUCGCUCACCGUUAAAG